AUUAAGUUAAAAUAAUGAGAGAGUGAGGAGUACAUUAUUUGGUGUGAUAUGCGGUUGAAAUAGUGAAAGGAAGAAGAAAAAAACAGAGAGAGCAAUAUUAUUAAGAAGAGAAAGGGGAAGGGAGCAUAAAACUAUCAGAAAGCUGCGGCUGCCGCUGCAGAGCUCAGAGAUUACAGAGAUUCAAACAAAGAAGAAGCUUAGGGUUUAGGGUUAGCCCUACGUAGCCGACCCGCCGUCUGAAAUAUUGUCCUCCUCAACCUCAACACACUCUCUUCACUCUUCCCCUUCCUCCCCUUAAAAGCUGUUCUUACUCUGCCUCUCAUUUUUCUCUCACUCUUCUUCCACCUUAUAAUCCCCAUUUCCCCCCUUGCACUCCCUCUGUAUUUCCAUCUCUAAUUUCCCUUUCUUCCUCCUCUAUUCAUCACUUUCCUUCAAUUUCCCAUCUUCUUCAUUUUCCCUCUCUGUUUUUGGCUCUGUUUUCAAUGCCUUCAGACGCCGGCGACCACCGCAAGGCUCCCACCAAGCCACUUGCCUCCGGAAGUGGUGUUUGUCCUCCGCCGGAACAAGAGCACCUUCCUUGCCCACGUUGUGAUUCUACUAAUACUAAGUUCUGUUACUAUAAUAACUACAAUUUCUCUCAGCCCAGACAUUUUUGUAAGUCCUGUCGUCGUUACUGGACUCACGGUGGGACUCUUCGCGAUAUUCCUGUUGGGGGUGGCAGUCGGAAGAAUGCUAAACGUUCUCGUACUUGUAUUCCGACGUCUGCGGCGAUUGUUUCUUCUUCUUCUUCUGGGUCGUUUUCUAACUCCGUUUCUCGCCUGGAUCAUCACCCGUUACCAGCGACUCCGGUGCUGGUGCCUCUCGGUGGAGGCGUCGGAGGGGACUUGAAGGUAGGCGGUGGGAAUAUGUGUGGGAGCUUUACUUCAUUGUUGAACACGCACGCGCCGGGGUUUUGGAGUUUGGGUGGGUUCGGGCUUGGGCUCGGGUCGGGAUUCGAGGAUGUGGGCUAUGGGACGGCUAGUUCUAGAGUGGCUUGGCCGUUUCUUGGACUGGGUGACGGCGGCGCUGGAGUCGGUGGCCACGGUGGUACGCCGAACACGUGGCAGUUCGAGAAUGGAGACGCCGCCGGUUUUGUUGGGUCUGCCGAUUGUUUGUCUUGGCCGGAAUUAGCAAUUUCCACUCCGGGGAAUGGGCUUAAAUGAUUUUUUCUUUUCUUUUCUUUUUUUUUAAAAAAAGUUUUUUUAGUUUUUUCUUCUUCUCUUUUUUCUCUUUUUUGGGUUUAGUGAAAAAAUGUGGGUUAAAAAGGUUGUGGAGGUAGUAAAAUUAGAAACUUUGAAUUAGGAAGAGAAGUACAACUUUUUUUUUUAUUUUUACUUUUUAUUUCCCUUUUUCGUGUCUACCAACUUUAUGCUGUGUGAAAUCUUCUUCUUCUUCUUUGUUAUAAAUAUGUUCUGUAAUUCUCCUUUAGUCAAGUAUUUUUCUUUACAA